AUGGCUCCCCCUCGUGGUCGUGGAGGGAGAUUUUCAAGGGGCCGUGGAAGGGGCUUCCGAGGACAUACUGGCCGCCGAAACGGCUUUACGACAUCGCGAGUGGAGGAAGUAGAGUCUGAUGACGGCUCUGCGUCGGAAUUCGAAGGGUUCGAUGACCAGAUUGAAGCUGGGUCCGAAGCUGAAGAGGAACUUGUCGAGGCAGACUCGUCCGACAGUGACGAGGAAGGCCAAAACGAACGGCCAUACAAUGAGCUGCUACAGCUACUUCAACCGAGUACCGAGAACAAGGGACCAGCCCGCAAGAGAAGAAAGAUGGAGCACAAGCCGGAGACGAAAGUUGCAGUGACGUUGGACUCGAAAGAAGAAAAUGAGCAUGGCAGUGAAAGCGAGGCGGACGAGGCGUUGUCGGAGGAUGAUGAGCUGCAAGACCAGGCCGCCUCUGAUGAUGAGAACUCAGAUGCUGAAGGUGCUGAUGCCAUGGAUGAAGACGAUGAUUCUAGCGAUCCUUUCGAAAGCCACUUCACAAGCCCGAGUGAGAGCGAAUUAUCUCAGUCGAUCGGAGCUUCUUUGCAGAAAAAGUGGCGAGUCGUCAAGAAGGAGCUCUCGGACGGGUUGAGACUGGUGCAUACUACACCUGAAGCGGGCCAGAAAGAUACACCGUUACUCUCGGCCGUCAAGAACACGAGCGGUCUUAAGCUCAAAAGUAAACUCGUUUCUCCGGCCACAAAAUUCAUUCCAACCUUCGAGGGACACUCCCAACAUUUGGCCCCAUAUAUUUUUGAUUACCAGGAUAUCCUGUAUGGAUCUAGGAGCCCGUCAAAUUCGGGUCCCCUUCGAGAUAUGAUCGCCCUCCACGUUGUCAACCACGUUCUCAAGACCCGCGACAGGGUUCUCAAGAACAAUGCCCGCCUUGCCAAAGAGCAAGACAGCGAUCUCGAGCUCCGGGACCAAGGUUUCACUCGGCCAAAGGUGCUGUUUCUGCUACCUACCAAACAAGCCUGCGUCCGGGUCGUGGAGUCAAUCUCCAAAUUUUACGAUCCAGAGCAGCAGGAGAACAGGAAGCGGUUCCUUGAUGCUUUCUCUGCUGAGGAUGACAACACCUGGGACAACAAGACGGAUGACUUCAAGGAUCUCUUUGGUGGAAACGACGACGAUAUGUUCCGAUUAGGCCUCAAGUUCACGCGAAAGACAAUGAAGUAUUUUGCGCAGUUUUACAAUUCGGACGUGAUCCUGGCCAGCCCUCUUGGUUUGCGCACCAUCAUGGAUCAGUCAGAUGCUAAAAAACGGGAUCAUGAUUUCUUGUCCUCGGUAGAGGUUGUAGUGGUCGACCAUGCCGACGCAUUGCUCAUGCAGAACUGGGACCAUGUUGACUACAUUUUCCAACACCUCAACCUACAGCCGAAGGAAGCGCACGGAUGUGACUUCAGUCGAGUGCGGUCCUGGUAUCUGGACAACAACGCUCGCCACGUGCGCCAGACGAUCGUGCUGUCCUCAUUCAUUACGCCAGAGAUCAACUCAUUGUACUCUUCUCACAUGCAGAACGUCUCUGGCAAGCUUAAAAUAACGCCGACGUAUACCGGUGCCAUCUCCGAGAUCCCUCUACCGGUGCCAGUCCGCCAGACGUUCGCCCGCUUCGACAGUGUCUCCCCUGCGAAAGACCCAGACGCCCGGUUCAAGCAUUUCACCACCACCGUCCUCUCCUCGAUUGCGCGCAACGUGACUGGACGUGGGAAAAACAGCAGCGCCGGCGGCAUUCUUAUUGUCAUCCCAUCAUACCUGGACUUUGUGCGCGUGCGCAACCAUUUCGCCACGUCGACGCAGACGACCAACGUCUCCUUUGGCGCGAUCUCCGAAUACACGGACGUCAAAGACAUCGCCCGCGCACGCACCCAUUUCAUGAACGGCCGGCACUCAGUGCUCCUAUACACCGAGCGUGUGCACCAUUUCCGCCGGUUCGCGAUCCGGGGCGUCCAGCAGAUCGUGAUGUACGGCCUGCCGGAGAAUCCGGUUUUCUACCGAGAAAUCGUCGGGUUUCUAGGCCUUGAUCCCGCGCGGGUCAGCGAGGCGGCCGAGGCGGGCGUACGCGUGCUCUUUUCCAAGUGGGAUGCCUUGAAGCUCGAGAGAGUGGUUGGGACAAAGCGAGUGGGGAAUAUGUUGCGGGAGAGAGGCGGAGAUACCUUUACAUUUGUAUAG